AAAGUUUUCAGGAAGCUGUUCUCACAAAACGAAACUGCCCUAACUUUGACAGGAACACCUUCCAGCUCGUCUUUUUUUAUCGCUUGAAGGAUACUUUUUGUUGGAAAAAAAAUGCAGAGCAGUGCUUACGGGGCGUCGUUGGCUGGCGGUGCUUUUGAUGUAGUACAUUUUGUAAAACAGCCUCAAACCAUAUUGCGAUGCCUGAGCUGGUUAUUCUCCAUCGUGGUCUUUGCAACCAUCACAGCAGAAGGCUACAUCAACCAAACAGUGGAGGAAAAUGCCAAAUGCAUAUUCAAUGCGCACGACAGCGCCUGCAGCUACGGCGUGGGCAUCGGAGUCCUGGCUUUCAUGGCUUGUGUCUUCUUCCUCAUAGUGGACGCCUACUUCCCACAAAUAAGCAACGCCAAAGAGAGAAAAGUCAUUGUUUUAGGAGAUCUGGUCUUCUCAGGGGUUUGGGCGUUCCUAUGGUUCAUCUGCUUCUGCGUCCUGGCCAACCAGUGGUCUAAAACCCUCGACUCCACUGAGGCUGUUGCUGGGGACGCCGCCCGGGCCAUCGUGAGCUUCUCCUUCUUCUCCAUCAUCUCCUGGGGUCUCUUGUGCUACUUUGCGCUUGAAAGGUAUCGCCAAGGUGUCAAUGAGUUUGAGCAGGAGUACAGAGACCCAGCCAAUGACCAAAGUACUCCAUACCCGCCGUCUCCGUACGCCAGCAGCGGCCCCACGGGCUACCAGCAGGCGCCUUUCUCCAACAACCAGGAGCAGCCGGGGGAGUACCAACCUCCAACCUACUGAAGGACUGAGACUCAAACGCAUGAAUCAGAACAGGAGAGUUUGCUUUUUAAAUAAACAUGUGUGCCACUGGUUUCAUUUACAACUCAGACUGUUCUCUGCACUCCCACUUCCCUGCAGAACUUGUUUGCACAUGUUUGGGUGCACUGAAGUGUUUUUUUAGUUAAUCUCAUUGUUGUAACAUGUGUGGUGGGGUUUGUGCCACACAGAGCAGGUGGAAUUAUAGUACUUUUUUUUUUAUAAGAGAAUGUUUUGGCAAGAGAGAGUGAUAGUGCGGUUGUUGUCUUCGUACCAAACCAACCACAGUUUGGACAGUGCCCUCUUUUGCUUAGCUUUAUGAGUGCAAAGUGUCAAAGCAAUAAUUAGCCAACAGGUUACGAUUGACUCUGUUGCCGGGAAAUUGUCUUUGCAUUUUUGAGAUUGACAAUAUCGUUUUUUAGUUUAAUGAAUAUGUUACUGAUUAGAAUAUAUAUUUUCUUCAUGUACACAAGUUCAACAACAGUAGAUUAGUGUAACACUUUUGUACAUAUUGAUCUUUGACCUCAAAACAAGCCCAUGUUACUAAAUCAAUGGGUGCAAGGAAAACUCUGUAACUAGUGUAGUCAUGUUUUUUUCCUUUCUUAAAAAUCAACCACUGUAAAAUGGCUUUUAUGCACUGAAAAUCACUUCUGUUAGACAGUUGAUUGCUCAUUUUUGAUCUUAGAUUGUUCAUUUUAAUGUUAAUUCUGCCACAAUUACUAUUUAGUAUUAGUAUAAGGGUGUUUUGUUUAUAUUUAAAAGUUGCCAAUACAUUGAAUUGCAUCAGCUAUCUCUAGAAGUGUAAUGUGCCUUUCUUGAGUUCACUUACAGUUUAAAAGAAAACCCUUUCACAAAUGUUUAGCCAAAAUGUGGUUUCAGGAAUUCAGUGAUGUUUUGCUUAUUUGAUAUAUUUAUUAUCUAAUUUAAUCUUUUCAAUCAGAGAACAUGACAAUCAGACCAUUCUUUUUUUUAAUCACUUUUCCUCUUGCUUUUUCUAAACUGCAGUUGUGCCUUUGCAUGUGUUGCAGUUUCACUGUUGUGCUCACGGCUUUACAAUACUUCCCUGUUAAAGUGCCUUUAUACAGAAUUCUGUAUCACACGCAGAAUAAAAAAAGUUUUUGCUUUGAA